AUCCCAUGGUCCCGAUGCCAAGAUCCUGGAGCAGGGCCAGGGCCAGGGCGAGCCCCGCGGGCAGCUGACGCUCAGCCACAUGCUGCAGAUCGCCACGCAGAUCGCCUCUGGCAUGGUCUACCUCGCCUCCCUCCACUUUGUCCACCGUGACUUGGCCACACGCAACUGCCUGGUGGGACAGGACCUGGUGGUGAAGAUUGGGGAUUUCGGGAUGUCCCGGGAUAUCUACAGCACCGACUAUUACCGGGUGGGGGGCAGGACCAUGCUGCCCAUCCGUUGGAUGCCCCCUGAGAGCAUCCUCUAUCGGAAAUUCACCACCGAGAGCGAUAUCUGGAGCUUCGGCGUGGUGCUCUGGGAGAUCUUCACCUACGGAAAGCAACCCUGGUACCAGCUCUCCAACACCGAGGCCAUCGAGUGCAUCACGCAGGGACGGGAGCUGGAACGUCCCCGCACGUGUCCCUCCGAGGUGUACGCCAUCAUGCAGAGCUGCUGGCAACGGGAACCCCAACAGUUUGUGGCCAUGUCCUCAUGGAUUGUGACCCUCUCCCCCAGGGUUGUGACCAUGAUACCCAGGGUUGUGGCCGUGUCCCCCACAGCUCCAGUGUACCAGGAUGGCAUGGAGAUGCUCAACCGACAUGGGUUGGCUCCAGGGG